GCGCGCUUCUUUCCGCCGAGCCGCGCGGCUUGGGGGGCGCUGUGCGCUUAUCCUUUCUCGCCGCAGUCGGGAGAGGAGUUUCAUUAAAAGAGAAACCAAAGAGGGCCUGGCAGGGGCGGCGUCAGUUAAAAGUACACAGGGGAAGCAGGAGCGGGGCGAGGUGGGCCGCCCUGGCCGGGGCGGGGCGCUGGUGGCGGCUCCUCCUUCUCCGCCCUCUCCGCGGUUGCCUGAGGCGCCUGACGGCAGCGUGGAGCAACAGUCUCGAGCGACCCAUAUGGGCCGACCGGGCUAUCGGAGCAGCUCCCCGGGCGUGAGUCCGAGCAGGCGAGCGUCAGACUGACGGGGCGCGGGGCUGGCCAUGCUCGCCCGCGUGCGGCGGCGGCUCGAGCCCUCCGGUGCGCCCUUCCCCGCGAAGAAGCCCGCCACUGCGGGCUCUCCUGCUCCCCGGCCGCGCCGCUUGCCGUCUUCGCGGCGCGCCCACACAGUCGCUGGGCUGCGGGCGGCGGCUGUGGCGGCAGCAGCAGCAGCAGCUCCAGCUCGUUCUCCUCCUCCAUGGAGCCCCGAGGCUCCCGCGACGGCAGUAGCGGCGACGGCAGCCCGGAGCUGGGCCGGGGCAAGCGGCUGAGCGUCGGCGAGCUGCGCUCCCUCUUCGAGGCGCGCUGCGCGGCCCCCACCAAGCAGCUGCCCGAGCCGGUCAAGAAGAGCUGCCGGCCGCGCAACGGGGUUCUGCCGCCGGUGAUCCCGCAGCUGACCGUCACCCCCGAGGACGACGCCGAUGAGGCGCAGCGCAGCCCGGCCGGGCGCCCGCGGACGGAGCCCGACGGCGCCUGGCUUAGCGCGGACCUGCUGUCGUCGCGCCGCCUGUCCACGUCGUCGCUUUCCUCCACCGGGUCGUCGUCGCUCUUCGAGGACUCCGAGGAUGACCUGCUCAGCGACACGGAGAGCAGGAGCCAAGGCAUCGUCCACCUGGAGCACGGCGAGGAAACGCACCAGAAAAAAGCAUGGCAGACGUUAAAAACAAUUGUCAAUUUGCCAGUCAUCAGUCCCUUCAAGAAGCGAUACUCCUGGGUGCAGCUGGCUGGUCACACAGGGAGUUUCAAGGCAGCUGACGGUGGAACGAUUCUGAAGCGCUACUCUGAGAAUGAAGAGAAGUGCUUUGAGCUGCUGAUGAACGACCCACUGCGCUCCUGCGUCCCUGUCUUCCAUGGUGUGGUGGAGAGAGAUGGCGAGUCCUACAUGCAACUAGAUGACCUUCUAGCUAAUUUUGAAGGGCCUUGUGUGAUGGACUGCAAGAUGGGAAUCAGGACAUAUUUGGAGGAAGAAUUGACUAAAGCACGAGAGAAACCAAAGCUGCGUAAGGACAUGUAUAAGAAAAUGAUCGAUGUAGAUCCUCUGGCACCCACUGAGGAGGAGAACUCACAGCAUGCAGUGACCAAACCACGCUAUAUGCAGUGGAGGGAGACAAUCAGCUCCAGUGCUAACUUGGGUUUCAGGAUCGAAGGGAUUAAGAAGGCUGAUGGGACUUGUAACACCAACUUCAAGACAACGAAGACAUGGGACCAAGUCUUCCAGGUUUUUGCGGAAUUCAUUAAGGGAGAUACAACUAUAUUGAAAAAAUACUUGAGGCGUCUGUAUGACAUUCGUGGUGUUCUUGAGUCUUCUAAUUUCUUUAAACGGCAUGAGGUAAUUGGAAGUUCACUGCUGUUUGUGCAUGAUGAUAGUGGGCAUGCCAAUGUAUGGCUCAUUGAUUUUGGAAAGACUACCCUUCUUCCAGAUGAGCAGACCUUGGAUCAUAGGAUCCCUUGGCAGGAAGGGAACCGGGAGGAUGGCUACUUACUUGGACUGGACAAUUUGAUCGACAUCUUAGAAAAUAUAUUUGAGAGAUGAGAGGGGCUGGCACAAAGUCUUUAUAGGACCGCUCAGUUGCUUUUAAUUUUUCCAGAAUCAACACCCCCCCUCCCCAGUCAGAGGGAAGGCUUUUAAAACUUUUGCCAGACUCUGGGGGCAUUACCCUGCUGCAAAAACGAGGUGGAAACUCAGAGCCAGCCUCUGGGAGCCUGAGAAAUCCAGGGUUAGCCAUGAAUGCAAAGGGCUAACCAACUAACAGAAUAAUUUUCUAAAGAUUUGGACGUUGGAGCAGGACAACUACUUCCUGGAGUGAAAGUUGCUUGGAGCACAUGGGACAGAAAAUACUGGAAUUCUCCUCUGAAAUAUCUUCAAAAGUAAUAAGCAGACUUUUUAACCUUCAUGCUGCUGCUGCUGCUGCUCACACUGCUAGAUAGGAAUGUUCCCAUCCCAUGCAUUCACUUGUGUGCCAGGCAGCUUGGUACUUGGCGAAGAAUUUAUAAACUCUCAUUCAUAUAUACAUAUGUAAUUCUUCUAGUUUUAAUGGUGGUGCAGAAAAGUUUAAAGAUGCGCACAAAGUGCUGUUGAAGCUUUAGAAACCAAAGGGCGCCUUGGGCUCUAGGAGCCAGUGCAAGAGUUUUUGUGCCCUACACAACUCUCCAUACCCCUCUGUUCCUUCUCGUCUUCUACCAUUCCAUUUUGUCGCCAACUGCUUCCCACAAAUUAGUUUAUUUGUGCCAAAACACGUGCAGCUUGCCAUUAAGCCCCUCCCCCAAAUAUAUUGCACACAUCUACCCCGCAACCCUGACCACAACUGUGCAACAGGUAAGUCCUACUGAUUUUUAAUCAGCCAUCCAAAACUAAUCAUGGGCAGAACUGCAGUCUAAUGCAUGCUUUGGUUUGAACCUGCGCACCCACCCCACAUUGCUAUAGAGGAACCUGAAUCAGCUCUACCGGUUAGAGGAGCUGCCAUGGUAAUGGAGAAGCAGAGGUUGAAACCAGACAAUUCCAGUUUGCGCCAGGCUUUGUAUUACUGCUUCUUUAUGAUUGCUAGCCUCUCCUUUUCUUCACCUGAGACUGUGCAUAAAGCUGUCCAGGUUUUAAAGUGUGUGAUCCAAGACAGACUUUGCCUUCCGGGGAGCAAGCAGUCAAUUUCGGGGUGACUGAAUUUCAUUGAGGUUGGUGGUGGCCUAGAAGUGACCACUCGUGAGCUGGAAUGCAUAUGACUUAUUUGUGGGAUCACAUCUUAGUGACUUGGUUUAUUUAGUAAGCAAAGCAAAACUAACUAAAUUUAGGGGAUGUUGAAAUGUUUCACAUGCAGAAAUCAGAACAACCGGUCAAGUUGCUUGGUGUUGAAAUUACUUGGAUCAGCAGAUUUUUGCAAGAAUUAAAAAAGAAUAAUUCUCCCUAUAGAUCUAGUUACAGGUAGGUAGCCGUGUUGGUCUGAGUCGAAGCAAAAUAAAAAAAUUCCUUCAGUAGCACCUUAAAGACCAACUGAGUUUAUAUUUUGGUAUGAGCUUUCGUGUGCAUGCACACUUCU